GGCUGGGACAAUCAAUCAGGUGGCUGGCUAUACAAUGAAAGCUAUCGUUUGUGUUUUUGUGGCCCUUCUGGCCUGCGUAGCAGCCUACGAUGUGGAGCUGCUCACCGAGGAGCAAUGGGACCAGCUGGUGGCGCGUAAUCCCGCCAAGCCCGAUACUCAGGGUCUGAUCUUGAACGGAUCGGUGAAGAAGGCCAUCAAAGGACUGCUGAACCAAAUGCCUUGUGGUUGGCCCCAAUACGGAAUUCCCCCACUGGAUCCUUACACCAAUGCUGAUCUCCGCAUCCACUUGGCCGAGUCGGUUGUCGAUACCCUGCUGCAGUUCCUGCGCUUCCGUUUCGAUGGUCUGGAAGGUAUGGAGAUCAAGAAGAUGAAGGUCAGCUACACCUUCAGCAAGAAGGUCAAGUUCCACUUCAACUUCCCAGAGCUGAAGGCCAGCGCCCACUAUUUGGACACCAACACCUUUGUGAAUCUGCUGAAGGAGCUGGGGUUGUCGGUCCGCUACGAGAGCUCGGGUCCAUUGUCCUUCAGCCUGCAAAAUCUGUCGAUUCAGGGCGAGUUCAAGUACAAGAUGCCCUUCAUCUUUGGCUCCAUCAAGAUCUACAAGUUCAGUUGCGCCGUCGGCUUGGGCGGUGUAUCCUCGAACAUUGGCGGUGUUAUGGGGAACGGAAGGAUCAAUGAAUUCAUCAACGACAUGCUCGACAAGGAGAUCCCGGCCUUCAUCAAUGGCAACCAGGAACAGAUCAGCGACAAGAUCGAGGAGAUCUUUGUGCCGCUGGUCAAUGCGCAUCUCACGGGCCACAAGAUCUGGUAUCUCUUUAGCUUGCUGUCCGCCACCACUGGCAGCUGCAAUCCCACUCCCGCUCCCUGGUUGGCCAUUGAGUCCAAGAAGCUAGACUAAGGCAGCACCCGCCCAAUAAAAAGCAAUUCAAACGAG